UCCCAAUCUGUCUCGCUAUAAACUCGCCUAUCUCCACAACCCUCACAACUUCGCCUCCCACUUCACCUCAUCUCGUUCGGUCUCCUUCCACCCACCGCUUGUCCCCUUCAGCACUUCUGUCACCAUGACGUCCGACUCCCUCCGCGGCUCCACCACCAGCUUGUUCCUGGCCUGCUUGACCUUUGCUGCCCUCGUCCUCUUUUUCACGCUCAACCUCGCCACGCCGAUUGGCGACUUUUCGCUCAUGUUCGUCAACCUCGGCCCGCAGGAUGAGUGGCGCGCCAGCUUUGGUAUCUAUGGCGCGUGCUACAAGGAUGCGCUCAAAGGCAAGGUCUGUACCGACCGUGGCAUGGGCUGGAAGAUUGAGUCCAAGCUGUUUGAAGACCUCGAGGUCGUGGGCAUCAAGGUGCCUUCCCUUGUCUCCAUCCUCACCAAAGGCCUCUUCUUCGUGCCGCUCACAACGGUGCUCAUCGCCAUCACCCUCAUGUUCUGGACGUUCACUGUAGUGCAGCGCCAGAAGCGAUGGGGCAUCACGACCUAUGUCUUCCUCGUCGUGAGCUGGUGCUCGUCGGCUUUCGCCCUCGGCUUCAACUAUGGACUCUACCGCGCCAUCCGGCUGGCCGUUAAGGUCUCCGGCCCCGACAUGCUGCACGCUCACGCUGGGCCCGGCAUGGCACUGACGCUGUGCGGUUUCCUCCUCCUCCUUGUCGCCAUGUGCUUUGGUGCUUGCAGCCUGUGCGCCCCUACCCAGCGCUACAAGAACGAGUACCCCAUGGGUGGGGUGUACGUUCCCGUGACGCCUGGUAACGCACAGCCACACCAGUCCAUGUAUCCUGCGUAUUGAUCUGACGGCUCGUGUUUGUAGGUCGCCUGUGGGCGACGCCAUUGUUUGAUGCAUACGGU